CACUGCCACAACACAUAAUCUACGAUGACAAUUCCAGUAACUGUGAGCGUUGCCCUCGACUGGACGCCGAACACCAACCAUGCCGGCUUUUACAUCGCCAAGCACAAGGGUUGGUACGCCGAAGCGGGGCUCGACAUCAAGGUCGUAAGCCCCCAUAUUGACGACUACAAGGCAACUCCUGCUUCGCGUGUGGCAGACGGGUCGUGUAUGUUUUGCGUAACGCCAUCCGAAAGCGUAAUCUCAGCGCACACAUGGGGCGAUGCGCCGGGCGCAAAGCCCAAAUUAGUUGCAGUGGCAGCGCUGCUUCAGGAUUCCACGUCAGCUAUUGUCACCCUAGCCUCCAGCGGCAUCACCCGCCCUGCUCAGCUGGACGGCAAAACGUACGCCUCGUACGGCGCCCGUUUCGAGGGCCGCAUCGUACAGCAGCUGAUCCGCAAUGACGGCGGCGCGGGUGACUUCAAGGAGAUCACACCGCCCAUGUUGGGGAUUUGGGAGACGCUACUCAAGGGGGAGGCUGACGCCACGUGGGUGUUCAUGGGCUGGGAGGCCAUCGAAGCCAAGCAACGAGGCGUGGAGAUCCAUGCAUUUGGAUUGGAGCAGUACAAGGUGCCGUACGGUUACAGCCCACUGCUGGUGACACAUCCGGACACCAUCCGUGAUCGCCCCGAGGUGGUUCGCGCCUUCCUGGCCGCCACAGCUCGCGCCUACGAGUGGGCUGCGGCCAACCCUGGCGAGGCGGCGGAGGUGAUGCUGGCGGCUGUGGCGGAAGAGCACUCCACCUCGCCACUUCCCAAGCCCCUGGACCCCGAACUGGUCCGGGAGUCGCAGGCCUACCUCUCCAGCCACCUCCUGGACGGUUCGGGCCGCUGGGGCCUCAUGAGCCCCGCCGUCUGGAGCUCCUUCGUGGACUGGCUGUCGGAGUCCGGACUGCUCACCACCAAGGUGCAGAGCCGCAACCCCCAGGCGGAGACCGCCACUACCCUGGACGGGUUGCGGGCGGGAGACGUGGGGGAGCGCAUUCCCAGGGAUGUGGUGGACGUGGCGGCGAUGUUCACUAAUGACCUGCUGCCGCCGCCGACGGCGACGGCGACGGCGACGGCGACGAAGGCUGCAGAGGCGGAGGCGGAGGCGGAGGCGGCGGUAUAAUGGGCUGGAGUGGAACAGAAAGAGGCGAUGAUAGCGGAGGACGAGGAGGGGCGUGCGCGGUGAUGUCGCCUGGUUAUGGUUGUUUGUUGCGGCAUGACGGUGUUACCGUGCUCUCUUCGCGCCGGUUGCCAAGUCGCCAAGUUUCCCGGUCUGUGCAACACGUGUGACGCUUUGAGCUUUCGUGAAGCCCUGAAAGUCGAGAAACAAGUAAAGCCGUAUGUAUUGUCGUAUAAGCCUAAUGUCGUAUAAGCUAAUAGAGCAUGGUAAACCAUGGUCGGACGCUUGCCGCUUGCUAUGCCCUUGAGAGUAGUAGCAAAUUUGAAAGGUAGAAGCUAUCUUCAAGAGUACAGCAGCUCUUCCUUUUGUCUGAGCCCACAAGGGGUUAUAAUUAUCUUUCUGUGGCCAAUCGCGCUGUCGGCUGGCCGGCUUACGUUGCAAAGGAUUUCUCUAAACCUAUUCCGCGUGGUAGUGAGGAACCUACGAUAUGGGAUUCAUGUAUAUGGGCCUUCAGGUUUUUUUGUCUGUGUUUGUAUGUGUGUUUAUCUGUCUGUUUGUCUGCCACGCGCUGAUUCCAAAGCCAAUAGUUCGUGCAUACAUUCGUUUUUUUUCGGUUCGGUUUCCCGGGUUUAGCUUUCUUUCGCUCCUUCUACAGAACGAAGGUGCCGUACAUUGCACCGGAGCGCUGUCCGCACAGAGAGCAA